AUGGAUGGUAUUGUGGGGUUUGGAUUCCGUCCUACAGAUGAGGAGCUGGUCGGUUACUAUCUCCAUAACAAAAUCCUUGGACGGAACUGGCUCGUACAAGAAUUCAUCAGCGAGGUCAACAUCUCUGACUUCGAUCCUUGGAACUUGCGCUUCCAAUCGAAGGUGAAAUCGAGAGACCUUGUGUGGUACUUCUUUUCUCGCAGGGAUGCGAAUGGGGACAGACAAAACAGGAGAACGAGUUCUGGGUUCUGGAAGAUUACUGGAGAUCCUGUUGAUGUUAAGGAUCAGUGGGGAACUUGGUGUGGAUUUGCAGGUAAGAUUGGUUACAAAAAGGUUUUGGUGUUCCGCAUGGGAAGAAGCUCGAGCUCACAGAGCCCCAAAUCUGAUUGGGUCAUACACGAGUAUCAUUACACUCUCGUGCCAGAAAAUCAGAGGACCUACGUCAUAUGCAGACUGGAAUAUAAGGGUCACGACAUGAGCAUUCUGUCUUCUAACACAACGGAUCCCGUUCCAACUUUUGUCCCCAAUGCGGCUAAUAGUACUGCAUCAGGUUCUGUGGUCAGUCAAUCAGUUCAAGGAAAUUUAGGAUCCUUCAACACUUUCUUUGACUAUGAUUCAGCAAACCAGGGCCAGUGGUUUAAUGGCGACUUUAACCUGGAGCAACCAGUGGUCCCAUAUGAUGAUGGUACAUAUAGGAUUUGGGACUACGUGGUUGAAGAGAAUUUCAGCCGUUACCGACUUUAA